AUGUCUUACUGUGAUUAUAUUCUGCCCUCGUUCGACAGCAUGGCGGCAUUUCCGGGGAUUGCCUCGGAAUAUCACCAGUACACCGCCUUCAACAACUUCCUUGUGGACUACAGCUGGGAGGGCGGUCCUAUUGCUGGACCAUCGGCACCACGGGCUACCAGCAGCCCAUUGGUCGACGACCACACAUUCGAUGUCGACGACUGGCUUGACCCUGCAAUGUGGGAGACCGCCACCGCCACCGCCACCUCAACGUCCCCGAAGCCAGGCCCUUUAGUCCUACCCGAGGGUUGGGACUUCGCCCCGAAUCUCCCGAAUCUUCUCACUGCGGAGUUGUCAAAAAGUCCGCGCUCCUCCUCCUCCUAUCUUUGCGUCGAUUCUCCUGCGCCUCCAACCGAAGGUCGUUCUACCUUGAAGCGGAGGCGAGAGAACGACACUGGCGACGAGGGCGAUGAUGAUGAACACCCGCACAAGAUCACCCGCCAUCGCCAGUCUCGGCGGAAGCUCGAGCUCAAGACCUAUCCGUGCAGGUGGAAGCUCGCGGAAGGGGGCGUGUGCAAUUUCGAGGGGACGUCCCAAGUUAUGUGGGCCCACAUGCGAAAGACGCACAAGGUGAAAGCGAAGAAAGUUCCGGUCCCCGAGGAUGUGCGCUGCGGAUGGGAUGGCUGCGCUUAUAGCGCAUUACCCGAAGACAUGGCCGCACACUGGACCGAGAGGCACAAGAGUGCUCACUUGGAGCGCUCAGGUCUCACACGCGCCCUCAAGGCGGCGCGUCUCACCUGCCUGUUGUGCCCUCAUGCGGACGAAGACGAGGGGACAGGGAAAAGGAAGGCCAAGGCCAACGGGAAGAAGAAGAGGCUUGACGGCCUUGUCAGGCACCUAAGAACUGUGCACUGGAAGGACUACAAGUUCUGCGACCACUGCGGGAAGGAGUUUCGGAGCGACGUCUUUGACAAGCCUGCUCGAGAUCACCGCGGCGACUGCUUGCUCGCGUUCAUGGACGGUUCCCCCAAUUGCUAG